AUGACAUAUAAAAUGAUCUUCACACGCGACGACUAUACGGUCGCAUGGAUCUGCGCCUUGCCACUGGAAAUGGCGGCAGCGAAGGCCAUGCUGGACGAGAUUCACCCUCCGCUUCCCCAGCCAGAAACCGACCACAAUAUCUACACACUUGGGAGGGUUGGCAGCCACAAUGUGGUGGUGGCCUGUCUGCCUGGUGGUGUCUAUGGAACAAUAUCCGCUACGGCUGUGGCGUCACAUAUGGUUUCUACCUUUCGGAGUAUCCGGCUCGGAUUGAUGGUGGGUAUUGGGGGCGGAGUCCCGAGCCAAAAUGCUGACAUUCGCCUUGGUGAUGUUGUGAUCAGCAAGCCAACUGCCACUUCAAGUGGUGUUAUCCAAUAUGACUACGGCAAGACACUGCGUGACGGACGAUUCCAGCACACCGGGUCACUUAAUAAACCUCCUCCAGUGUUGUUGAAGGCUGUGUCUCAAUUAGAGAGUGAUCAUAUAACGGGGAAAAGAGCGAUUAACAAAAUCUUGUUUGACAUACUGCACGAACGUGAAGAGAUAAGAGAACAGUUUUCGCGACCGAAAGACGACUGGUUAUUCCAACCGACAUAUAAUCAUAAGGACAGCGAACACAACUGUUCGGCAUGUGAUCUGACCCAGUUAGUAAACCGUUCUAAGCGGAUAACUGAUGACCCUUACAUUCAUUGUGGCUUGAUUGCUUCUGGAGAUCAGGUUAUAAAAGAUGCCAAGACUCGAGAUUCUAUUGCUCAGGAUCUAGACAUACUCUGUUUUGAAAUGGAGGCUGCUGGGCUCAUGGACGAACUCCCAUCACUUGCCAUUCGAGGUAUCUGUGACUACUGUGAUUCCCAUAAAAAUAAACGGUGGCAAGGAUAUGCCGCCCUUGCUGCUGCUGCCUACGCAAAGGCUCUCCUGUCAGUAGUUCCCACUUACUGCCGCAAGAAGGAAUUACAUGAAUUAAAGGAGCCAGUUUGGAUGGUCCCCUUUCGAAAGAACCCGCGAUUCGUGGGUCGGGAAGAAGAAAUUGCCAGAACCGAAGAAUUAAUUAUGCCACAGAACGGACCUGACAAAGUUGCUAUCUGCGGACUAGGCGGAGUUGGGAAGACGCAGAUUGCACUUGAACUGGCCUACCGCAUGCGAAAUCGAGACCCUAAAUACUCGAUUUUCUGGAUUACAUGUACUAGCUACGAGAGUGUGGAACAAGCGUACAUGAGUAUCGCCUUAAAGCUAGGAAUAAUUGACAUAAAGCCGGCAGAGGUAAAAGAAAAAGUCAAGGCUUAUCUCAGCCAGGAGGGUGCUGGGAAGUGGCUUCUUUUUUUUGAUAGCGCAGAUGAUAUGGGGAUGUGGAGCAAGGAUAAUACUAAUAAUUUAGUACUAACAGACUUUCUUCCUCAAAGUAAGCAGGGCCAUAUUCUCUUCACCACACGCAGCCGCAAGGUCGCUGUGAAAUUAGUGUCUUCUCAUGUAAUCACAAUUACUGAGCCGAACACAGAAACUUCUUUUAAAAUUUUACAAAACUCACUGGUUGAAAAAUCCUUGCUUAAUGAUCGUGUUACAGCUUUUAGUCUUCUUGAGCAGCUGGCUUUUCUCCCUCUGGCGAUUACCCAGGCGGCAGUGUAUAUUAAUGAAAAUAGCAUUGGCCUCUUUGACUAUCUUAUACUUUUACAGGAUCAGGAGCCAGAUGUGAUUGAACUGCUGAGUGAAGAUUUUGGGGAUGAAAUGCGAUAUAAAGACACCCAGAAUCCUGUUGCUUUAACCUGGUUUAUUUCAUUCCAGCAAAUUCAACGAUCAAAUAAACUCGCGGCGGACUAUCUGUCAUUUAUGGCCUGUAUUAAUCCUCGCAACAUUCCACAGUCCUUACUUCCCCAUCCGAUCUCGACCAAGAAGAGAACCGAUGCCAUCGGCCUUCUCAAGGCCUUCUCCUUUAUUAGUGAGGAGGGCGGGGACCGUUCUCUAAAUCUACACCGACUAGUCCAUCUUGCAACUCGGAACUGGAUGAGAAAGAGCCAAAAGUUUAGCCUGCAAAUAUUAAAAACUGCAGACCGAUUAAGCGAAGCUUUCCCGAACAAUGACCAUACCAAUCGGAAGGUGUGGCGGGACUAUCUACCGCAUGCGUUUUCACUAAUAGCAGAAGCUGAGUUCCAAAAGGAGCAGGAGAAAUACAUUAACCUUAUUGUGAAUAUUGGGAGGUGUCUGUAUAGUGACGGCAGAUGGAAGGAAGCAGAAGAGCUAGAGGUGCAGGUGGUGGAGCUCCGCAAGCAAGUACUGGGGGUGGAGCAUCCAGACACUCUGACCAGCAUGGCUAAUCUGGCAUCAACAUACCGAUAUCAGGGACGAUGGAAGGAAGCAGAAGAGCUGGGGUGCAGCAUGGCUAACCUGGCAUCAACAUACCGAUAUCAGGGACGAUGGAAGGAAGCAGAACAGCUGGAGGUGCAGGUGAUGGAGCACAGCAAGCAAGUGCUGGGGCCACAGCAUCCAGACACUCUGACCAGUAUGGCUAACCUGGCAUCAACAUAUCAGGAUCAGGGACGAUGGAAGGAAGCAGAAGAGCUGGGGAUGCAGGUGCUGGAGCUCCGCAAGCAAGUUCUGGGGCCAGAGCAUCCAGACAUUCUGACCAGCAUGGCUAAUCUGGCAUCAACAUAUCACGAUCAGGGACGAUGGAAGGAAGCAGAAGAGCUGGGAAUGCAGGUGAUGGAGCUCCACAAGCAAGUGCUGGGGCCAGAGCAUCCAGACACUCUGACCAGUAUGGCUAAUCUGGCAUCAACAUAUCACGAUCAGCGACGAUGGAAGGAAGCAGAAGAGCUGGGGGUGCAGGUGCUGGAGCUCCGCAAGCAAGUGCUGUGGCCAGAGCAUCCAGACACUCUGACCAGCAUGAACAACCUAGCAAUAACAUACUAUAAUCAGGGACGAUGGGAGGAAGCAGAGGAGCUGAAGGUGCAGGUGAUGGAGCUCCGUAAGCAAGUGCUGGGGCCAGAGCAUCCAGACACUCUAACCAGCAUGAACAUCCUAGCAAUAACAUACUGGAGUCAGGGACGAUGGGAGGAAGGAGUAGAGCUGGAGGUGCAGGUGAUAGAGCACAGCAAGCAAGUGCUGGGGCCAGAACAUCCAGACACUCUGGCCAGCAUGGCGAAUCUGGCAUCAGCGUACCGAGAUCAGGGACGAUGGAAGGAAGCAGAAGAGCUGGAGGUGCAGGUGAUGGAGCACAGCAAGCAAGUGCUGGGGCCAGAGCAUCCAGACACUCUGGCCAGCAUGAACAAUCUAGCCUUUACAUGGAAACUACAAGGAAAGGUUAAAGACGCCUUACCUCUGAUGGAAAAAUGUGUAGAGCUCCGCUGCAACUUGUUGGGUCCAGAUCACCCACAUACCAUAUCCUCCUCUUACGCUCUCAGCGACUGGGAAACGGCAGUAAGUUCUCUGUUAAUAAAGCCAGCACAACAAACUUCAGCCGAAGCCUCUCCUACAUUGUCCGUUAAUGAUUAUCCUCCCAAGCAGAUGCAAUCAGACUCCAAACCUAUCACAGGUGGCAAACGACGGGCAUUCAUGAGGUUUUUCCGGAGAUAA